AAUAGAGGUGUAUGGGAUGCUGUGAGCUUCAGAUGUUCAUUCCUUCCUCCUUACAUUUUACUUGAGGAUGUGCUUGGAAAUUUCCUUUCCAUAGGAAAGAGCGACAGAUCCAUCCAGGAAGUGCUCCCUGAGUUGCAGACCCUGCAGGACAAAACCAACUCGGGAUUAGUGUUUACUCAUUUUAAGACAAGCUGUUGUUUUACUAGAUUAUUUGGGAAAGAAGGAUGUCAGGGUAUUUCUGCUAUGGAAAGUGGACUCAUGUCUUUAAACUACUUAACGCUAGAACAGCAAUUCCUCGCCACUUUGAAUGAGGAUCCCUUUUACUUUUUUAACAGUUUGGCGACCCCCUCCUGCUCCAUACUGACAGUGGAGAUAAUUAAAUAUUUAAAACUCAUUGCCGUGGAGUUGACUGGAUAUAGUGUUAAGACACUGGCAGAAAUGUGUGAUCUUGGUUCAUUGCUGUAUAUCAGUUACUUGGACUUUUCAUGGAUCAUCUUUCAUAUUUCUCCACAUAACUCCAUAUCACUCCUGCACUAAAACCAAUAAAUAAAUAAAAUGGACAUUUUGUUAUAUAGGAAUCAACACCACUGAACAUUUGAUCAGAAUUCUCCGAUUCUGGGUUUAAAAGUGGGAAGAGAGGAAUGUCAGUUGGGUUAAGUGGCAGAUUGACUUUAUUAGCUGUAGGGUUUCCGUCCUGACACCUGAGGACUCCCAGUACUUUGUUUGAAAAGCAUUUCUCUGAAGAUUCCCUUUGUGUCUUUUAUGUAGUUUCUGAACACUGACCAAAUUGAAAGUAAGUGUUCAUUUAUGUCACUGCAGCAUGUUGUUAGGUUUUAUUUUUAAUUAUAUGAGUUCCUGGGUGGCACAAAGGCUAAGUGCUGUACUACCAACUGAAGGUUGGUGCUGCAAACCCAUGUGGAGGCACCUUGGAAGACAAGCUUGGCGAUCUGUUUCCGAAAGGUCACAGCCUUGAAAACCGCAUGGAGCAGUUCUACUCUGCAUAAUUGGGGUUGUCAUGAGUUGGAAACGACUCGACGGCAGCUAACAAGAAGAAUGAAAGUUAGUGGUGUGUAUAAUCUAAAAGUUGCUAGUAUUUGCCAUUAGAAUAUAGCUUUUUGCAGCAACAAUUUUAGACUAAUAAAAUUUUGUAGCUAAAAAAUAUCUUAGUGAUGCCACCCUCUCAUUUUAAAGAGGGCUCUGAAAGAGAAACUGUUCCAUGCCUCUCUCCUAGCUUCUGGCACCUCCAGGCAUUCUUUAGCUUGCAGCUGCAGCAUCACAUGGUGUCCUUCCUCUGCCUCCCUGUAUCUAUGUAUUUUUUCCUCUUUUAUAUAGAUACCAGUCAUAUAGCAUUAGUACCUACCCUGUUAACCUAACUUACAACAUCUUCAAAGACCCUACUUCCACACAGGGUCACGUUCACAGGUACAGGUGUUAGGACUUCAGCAUAUCUUUUUGGGGGACACAGUUCAGUCCAUAACAGGGUUUUUAAUAGGGUCUAUGAAGGUACCUUCAGUCUUUCAGUGAUUCCUUCUCACCUUCAAACAGCAGAGCCCAUCACCCACCAUCUCUUGUUUACGUGAGGUUAAAAUGUACAGAAAACACUCAAAACCCACUAUAAUUUGUGAGAUAUGAUACCAGGAAUUGUGGAGAGUGCUAAUAGGAGUAAAAAGCCCUCCUGGAUUCCCUCCUACAUAUCAUAUGAGCAGGAAUCAGAAGGCCAGCUUCCUCCUUGCAUUUCUAGUGGCUUCAGCUGUGUAUACCCUUCCUUAGAAUUUGGCUUCAUGCCACUCCUUCCUAAAUUCUAGCUGAAGUUACAGAAUGUUAGAUUGCUGCAAGUUAGAUUACGACUGUAACAGUAAGAAUGAAGUUGGAAACCAAGAGUCAACCAUGCCUGAAUCUCAGUAUUUCUUCUCUUAGACUUUUCCCAGCUAGACAAUAUGGUAUAAUGAUUAAAUGCAUGAAUUCUGAACCCAGUCACCUGGAUUUGAAUCCUUAUUCUCUACUUACUAACCAUAGAACCUUAGACAAGUUGAAAAAGUCUUCUAAAUUAUUCUGAUACUUUACCCUUUCCUUCCUAAUCCCCCUCCUUUUAUUUUAGAAAUGGCAGGACUUCAGACGAAUGGAUGGACUGUAUAUCCUUCUAGAGAUUCUCUACAAAUACUGCUGUUUCUCCUAAUAGGGCUUUUAAUAAACUAGCCAGCCAUUAGUUUAUAAUUAUAGAUAAAGCAAGUCCCUGGAAAGGAGAGACGCAGUUGCAAAUUAAGUGUGGACAUCCUACUUGAAAAGUAGCCAGAAGGCUUCAUGUCUCUACAUGGAAGGAAGAUGGCUGACCUAGUGCCUUUAGUCAGGGAUAAGACUGUGUCCACUCCAGUACAAAGACAAAUGAAGGAUCAAAAUAUCCAAAAAUUCUAUACCUUAGAUCAAUGGUUCUCAACUGGGAGUGAUUUUCCCCCUAGGGUACAUUUGGCAAUAUUAGAGACAUCUUUGGUUAUCACACUUUGGGGGUGUGUUCUGGCAUUUAGUGGGUAGAGGCUAGGCAUGCUGCUAAACAUCCUGUUAUGUACAGAACAUCCCCCCAGUGAGGAGCAGAAAGCAGUGGAAGGACAACGUGAUGCUGCAGCUGCAAGCCAAGGAAUGCUGGGAAGCCCCAGAAACUAGGAGAGAGGCAGGGAACAGUUUCUGUUUCAGAGCCCUGAGAAAGAGUCAAGAUGGCCAAUACCCUGAUUUGGCCCCCAGAACUAUGAGACAAUAAAUUUAUAGCCUCCAGAACUAGGAAAAUAAAUUUCUGUUCUUACAAGGCGCCUACUUUGUGAUAUUUGUUACAGCAGCCCUAGGGCACCAAUAUAGGCCCCUUCCCUGUCAGUGAGCAAGGGUCAGUUUGUGACCCAUCACUGGGAGCUGGACAACCAUCUACUUCACCAGUUUUGGAACUUCCUUUUCUAAUAAUUGUGGCUUUUAACUUUUGUGAAAAGUCAACCUACAUUCAAAGAAGCCAUCUCAGAAGAUCAUCUUGUUUGCCACAUCCUAAGACUAGUAGUAGUGUUAUCCUGGGACUGUUGGUACUGAAUAGGGAUCUUGUGUUGUUUCAGGGGUUGGUGACAUUCAAGGAUGUGGCUUCGUCUUUAACCUGGGAGGAGUGGGUGCAUCUGGACCCAGCUCAGAGGAUCUUCUCCAGGGAGAGUACACAGAAAGAUUAUGGGAAUACAAUCUUGCUGAAGCCACAGACCAGGCUCCCUCUGUGGGAAUGUGGGCUGCCACAGCUUUAAGAUGACCAUGCCAAGCCAGAGAGGAGGUUUGGAAUCCAGAACUGAGGACAAAGAGUUGAUUCUAAAGCAAGAAAUUUUAGAAGAAGCAGAACCACAGGGGCAGUUACAAGAAGGGUCUCAGGGAAAGGCUCCCUUGUUCUCCGAGUGUGUUGAUACUCACCGGGACAUGGCAGAAGAGCAGUCAAGAUACCCAUCAGUGCUGAAAACUGAAAAUUCUCUUGAAGUAGAAGGAUUCACUAGCUUCUCGGUUCUCAGCAAGAAUGGUUCCACAGAAAAGGGAGACUCUAAAAAUAGUGAAUUUGGGAAUAGUACCAAAAUGUCAAACUUUGUUUUUCAUCAGCAUAUUCAGGCAGCAGACAGGCCUAUUAACAGUGAUGAACGUGGGAAUAAUUGCAAACAGGGUUUAGAUACAGUGCGAUAUCAAGUGUUGAUACCUCACAAAUCUAUUGACAGCGAGGAAAUUUUCCAUAGCUCUAGGCUUUUGGGGACCCAGAAGCAGUUCCGUCAAGAAAAACCUUAUAAAUGUGAUGACUGUGAGAAGAGUUUCAAACAGCGUUCUGACCUCUUUAAACACCAGAGAAUACACACUGGUGAGAAACCAUAUGAAUGCCAAGAAUGUGGGAAAAGCUUCAGUCAGAGUGCUGCCCUGGUUAAACAUCAGAGGACUCAUACAGGUGAAAAACCAUAUACAUGUCCCAAAUGUGGGGAAAGCUUCAGGCAGAGCUCACAUCUAAAUCGCCAUCAGAGAAUCCACACAGGAGAUAAAUGCUAUAAAUGUAACGAAUGUGGAAAAACCUGCAAUAUUUCCAACCUUUUUAGACAUCAGAGAAUACAUAAAGGUGAGAGGCCCUAUAAAUGUGAAGAAUGUGAGAAGAGCUUCAAACAGCGCUCUGAUCUCUUUAAACAUCAGAGGAUCCACACUGGAGAGAAACCUUAUGGAUGUACUGUCUGUGGGAAAAGCUUCAGUCAGAGUGCAACCCUCAUUAAACACCAGAGAACUCACACUGGGGAGAAACCUUAUAAAUGUCCUGAAUGUGGAGAAAACUUUAGACAAAGUUCACACCUUAUCCGACACCAAAGAAUCCAUAGACAUAAAGCCCCACCAUUUUGACACGUUUCUGUAUGAUGUUUGUUUUCUGUUGUCCGGAAAAUACACCCUUUAGCAUUUGGAGUAUUUCAGUCAGUCAUGGAUCAUAUUUCCUUGGGUAUCUCACACAAGAUAGAUUCAGUCUGAUUUCAGUCUCUUGACACAUACUUUGAUAAACUAUUGUAGUGAAGGAGAAAUGAGUAAGGAGCCCCUCCAUGAGACGGGGCAGUUGUCUGUAAGAGACUUAUGAUUAUAAGAGCAAGGGCUGACAUGAGAGAAUUCUUUCAACAGAAUUCUGUCCUUGUCAUCCCUUCACUCUUCCCUCUGCUUUUGGACCAAAUCUUGCCCUCUCCAAUGACUUUCACAAGAUUUUUUUUUUUUUUUUUUAGUCAUGUAGAAGUAUCUUUCUACCUAAAUGGUGGAGAGGAUUUACAGCACCUUGUAACAUUUAGUGUAUACAAGAAGCACUGUAUAUUUUUUAUUAAAAAAAAUAUUAAUUUUGUAGAGUCCUUUCCCAUCCUAGCAGUCUAGGAGUUUGGUUUUGUAAAUUUAAAACAAGAAAGACAAAAGAAAAUCUCAUCUAAACACACAGAAUUUCUGUCAUUGUAUCUUUUUCAUAGCUUAUCAAAUUAGGGUACUUUAUUCAUUAACUUCUGAUUUCUGAAAAAAGUCAUCACUAAAUCUUCCACUAAAACCUUUGUGUGUGUGUGUGUGUAUCCUCAUGAUAUCAAAUAGCCUAAAACGUGUUUUUGUUUUUCAUUUUUGUGUUGAGGCUUCUUAAUAUUUUGGACAUGAGGAAGUGCUCCAGCAGUAUUUCCUUCGGUAUAUUUCAAAAGAAGAGAACACUAAGGACAGAAGUUCUGUUAGUGUUCUUGUUUUGUUAACAACAGCCGUGACUGACAUUAUACAAUAUUCUCUUCAUAAAAUGCAUUCAUAUACAUUUUUCUUCUUUUUGAUUUCCUAGUAACCCUAUGAGGUAAGUAGGAAACUAUGGCAUCUCAAUUUACAAAGGAAGAAACUGAGGCUCACAUUUGACACUUUAGGUUUCAGGUGAUCUGACUGCUUGACCAGUAAACAUAAGCACACUGUUUUUUCCCUUUGCAUUAGUGAAUACCUCCCACUACGUGAUUCAUUUACUGCAUCUUGCCCCUUUUUUUCUCUCCCCCUGCUUCAUCUGGAGCAUCUCUGCAGUGGUGAAUUGUGGACCCCGUAGCAGUGAUGGAGGAGUAGUGGGUGGAUGCACUCAUCAUCAUCACAAGAAAUACAAGCUCUGAAUGGGAUUUAAGUCUUGAUUGUUCUUUAACUUUUCAGAGCUGUCUUUUUCCACCCCCAUAACCACAUGAAGGAAAGAUAUGGGAUUGGCUUUAUUGUCACUGUUGGGUUAAACUGUAGGCUCAUGACUGAAGUUACUCAAGUUAGAACCUAAAUCUCUCCAUCCUAUUACCUUUCCAGUUCUACGUAAUGAUAACAUGAAUUGCAUCCAAAUUCUUUUAGAACCCCUCCCCUCUUUUUUUAAUUAAGGUAGUAUAAGCAUUGGUAAAAUAAUAGAGGGAAAAAUUAUCCAUAAUCCCACUAUCCUGACUCAACUGUUAUUGGCCUUU